AUGAUAACAUCGAGCGCCAUAGAUCAGACCUCCGACCUCCAUUGGGAAGACUCUGAUGUCAACGCAACCUUCCCGUACAAUCACUUCUUCAACGCUACGAUUCAGAAUAUCACAACGACCACACGUACAGAGGAACAAAAUGUCAUUGCCUACCGAGAAAUCCGAUCGUCUCUGUACUUUGCCUGGUCGUUCGCCGAAAGUUCGCCAGAUAUCACAACUGCCCGGAUUCCACUUUUCUGUUCCGAGACCAAAUGCCAAUGGCAAAAGAUCACCAGCCUCGACAUCGACUACCAAUGCAGGAGCGCACCUACAGAUAUGGAUGACGACAACUUCGGUUACUCAAACCAAGCCAACAUCACGAGUCGUGUGGGAAUUACCGGGCCCAACGGCAUGUCAAAUUUUACGUCUGCCCAGAUCCGUCUGAAAGCGAGUCACAAAGUCCCAAGUGAUAGCACUUUUCAUCCAGCCUUCUCCGACAAUCCGGGGUUGAUUCUUCACUUGGCAGGAAUCGCUGAAGUAGGUGACCAGCAGUUCGAAGCAGCCGAGUGCGUCUUUUACUGGAGAGUGAAACGGAUGACUAACGUCGUCUAUCACGCCGUCAACCAAUCCCUCGAGAAAAAUGAGGACUACGAUAACAGCAGGCCAGAAAUUGGUCUGGUGAACAACAGAAGUAGUCUGGUAUUCGAGGGCCACUGCAAUGACAAUACGAUCAAAGACCAGACCAGCAUGGAUGUCUCCGGCAUCGACAACUGCACCUACGCGGUCACUCUCGAUGCACAUGCGGGGGUUCGGGAACUCCUCAUUAAGUUCCUCCCUGGGCAAGUCGUCCGAGAAGAGCAGAAUGGCGAGACGGUGUACCGACCCAACACCACAGCGAUUGAUCUUUUUCAAUGGACUUGGAGGAGAGUUCAAGCGGAUAAUUCUGAACCGACACCACUGAACAAAACCAUGCAGAUAUACAGCAACAAUGUGUCCAAGAUGAUAAGCUAUAAUAUCCGAUGUCUUUCAAACAACACAAUUUCCGGACAGGUCGGCCUUUACGGCCAAUUCUUUAAGAUCGAUACACUUUACGUUCUGUACCCAGGACUCCUGCUGGUUUUCAGUACGUAUCUCCUGGCGUACACCAUAUGGCGUUCAUGGAACGAACCGACAUGGAAGACUUCCCUCCUACCAUUACUCUACCACGGACUCGAGAGCCCGGCUCUUGACCAUGGACGUGCCAGCACCAAUCUGGCCUGGAUGAAAAAGUCAGGUGAUCACAAGAAAGUCGUACUCCGCGACAACGACGAUGGCUUGGGCUUGAAGUUAAGAGUAUCAUAG